CGAGGCAGAUGCCAUAAACUCAGGCGCUUGCACCUGCUGUGCUGGUACCAGCACACAGUGCACUCGACUGGAUUAUGUGAUGAUGUUAUACAAUUUAGCUUGACGAGAAAGUGAAAUACUAAAGUUUGCCUCACCAGCAAUAUGCUGGCCAGGAAAGGCCCACUACUGCCGGAUGGGUUUUUUCUAACUCGGUUAGCAGAGGAUGCCAACCAGCCCAAUCAGUUCAAAACGAAGAUACAACGUGCCAGGUUUAUAACCAAGAAUGGAUCUUGUAAUGUGGCCCACAAGAACAUUCGCGAGCAGGGCAGAUUUCUUCAGGAUGUCUUCACGACUAUGGUGGACCUGAAAUGGCAUUACUCCCUCCUCAUCUUCACCUCGGCAUUCCUCUGCUCGUGGAUGCUCUUUGCCAUGAUGUGGUGGCUGAUGGCGUUUGCCCACGGUGACUUGGAACCCCGCGACCCAAAUGGCGAGCCUGGGCCUGUGCCCUGUGUCACUGCUAUAAACUCCUUCACCUCUGCUUUCCUCUUCUCCAUUGAAGUGCAGGUGACCAUAGGUUUCGGGGGGCGAAUGGUAACUGAGGAGUGUCCACUGGCCAUCAUGGUGCUGAUCGUCCAGAACAUUCUUGGCCUGAUUGUCAACGCUGUCAUGCUUGGUUGUGUCUUCAUGAAGACAGCUCAGGCCAACAGGCGAGCAGAGACACUCAUCUUCUCCCGGAAUGCAGUGAUCGCACCACGUCAAGGCCGUCCCACAUUCAUGUUCCGCUUGGGUGACCUUCGGAAGAGCAUGAUCAUCUCGGCCACGAUUCAACUUCAGGUGAUCCGCCGGACUGUCACCACUGAGGGGGAAGUGAUCCCUGUCUGCCAGCUGGACAUCCAGGUGGAGAAUCCCCUCAGGAGUAACGGGAUAUUCCUGGUAUCCCCUCUCAUCAUUAGUCACACUAUAGAGCGUGGCAGCCCGCUCUACGAGGUCUCUGCACAAUCUCUGGCCAACGAGGACAUGGAGAUCAUCGUUAUUCUGGAAGGUGUGGUGGAGACCACUGGGAUCACCAUGCAGGCACGUACCUCUUACAUCCCUGAUGAGAUCUUAUGGGGCCGGCGAUUUGUUUCUAUAAUGACAGAAGAGGACGGACGUUACUCCGUGGACUACUCAAAGUUCGGGAACACAGUCCCUGUGCGGAUGCCUUCGCUCAGCGCCAAGGAGCUGGACCAGAUACGAGGAGUGCAGGAGGGGGACGUGUCCGAAGGCCAACUACAGGGCUGGGGAUUGGUCAGGGCCGGCAGGGGAGGAUUUCGGAGAGGGGGGCGGACUUGUGAUAGCAGCUCUGCCUCUCGGCCCUGGUAUGCUGCACAGACAGAAAAGGAGGAGCAUGUGAAAGCAAAGGAGAAGAACGGGCAGAAGAAAAUAGUUCAGCUGGAAGAGAUCGGCAGAAAGAUUGAGAAGGACGGUUUGGAAGACUACAGUGACAAAGAAUAGUCAAAAACGAUGCUUGAGAAUAAGGUACAUGUAUUGAUGUGAUAUUGUAGUUUAACGUUAAAUUAUGACUUUGGUUGUGAUUUAUUUUCUGUAGAUGGUUGUGUUGACUCAGUCAACAGUAUUGUCAUUUAUGGUAUUGCCAUUCCUUUUUACCUUUUUAACAUAUGGUAAAUUGUAAAGAAGCACAAGUUAUAUACUCAAGUAGUUAAUGAUAUUUACAGUGGAGGGUUCCCAGAAUACCUUCUUGAACCGACUGGAUCUUACAUAAUCACACAGGAUAUUGUAAAGACAUAUGUAUACAUUUAUUUGUGUUUAUGAUAAAUAUUUGAUACUGUAUGAAUGUGAAAUGCUAUUCCAGAUGGUACACAACAAUUUCGGGUAGUUUUGUGCACUUAAUUGUCUGAACAAACCAAUCUCAGUGCUCUGGUGCAUACAAGCUGCCAUUUCAGAAUACUUUUGGGAAUUAUUUAAGCAAGAAAUACAUUGUUUAAAUGGUUAAAUAAUUCACAUUUGCAUCAUGGUUUACUUUCUAGUGGUUUUUCAAUUGCAAAAUUUGUUGACAAUGUAUAAAAUGUGUUUUGUAUUUUUGCUAGAUUCAGUGGAUACAAAAAGUCUACACACCCCUGUGA